UGCAUGCCAAGGUUGUAAGCGCAAUAAGCAACUCCCAGGAGACAACCUUGACCCUCGACGGUAGCAGCCACCUCGCUUACUUCGCACCAAUGAUGCCUCCGCACAUAGACCCCAGAUUUUCGAAUACCCCAUAAUCACCUUAUUAUCAUGUGCCUAGGGUAGCUGUAGCAUGAGGUCUUUUUUUCUUCUAGGGACUCUACAUCAGACGGCUCUAGUAAUAUAGCGCUUGAACCGGCAGUCCAUGGCCGGUACCCAUGUACGCGAUGAUCUUGCAAAUCCCUAUCGAAGCCAGCGGCACAGGGAGGCCUGUAAAAGUGUAACUGGUUAUAAAAGUAAAGGCUUGUCCUUGUAAGUUCUUCAUCUUCUUUCCUUCCAUACUCGACUCCACGGCUGCUUCCCUCCUCAAGAAUCUUUCUGAUUAUUUUUCUCCCAAUGUCGAGUUUUCCCUCCUCUAUACCAAGGUUCAAGAAGCCCUUGUUUCAGUGUUUUUUACUCUUAUCAUUCUCCCUGCUAGCCACAGUGGUUCCCCUCGUUGCCGGCCAGACGCGACCCAGCUACCAUCUUACUCCUGCGACGAAAUGGAUGAGUGACCCCCAACGCCCGUUCUUUCAAGGAGGCGAAUGGCAUCUCUAUUACCUCUGGAACUCUAACUGGGACAAAUCCAAUCCCGGUUCGGGCGGAACAGAAUGGUACCAUGUCACUAGUAGUGACAUGGUGCAGUGGACUUCUCGGGGUGUGGCGAUCCGCAAGUACCAACCUAACCCUCCCGGGGGCGCCAUCUUGGGUGACAUCGAAACUGGCAGCUCCGUGAUUGAUACAGCCAAUUCAGCCGGCUUUGGGCAGAACGCUGUCGUCACUGUCCUCACUCAGAUGCAAGACGGUGUGCAACAGCAGUCCCUUUUCUAUUCCAACGACGCCGGAUACACAUUCACCGCCUACGAUUGUAAUCCCGUAAUGCCAAACCCCAAUCCAAGCGCCAAACCAGCCUUUCGAGACCCUAAAAUCUUCUGGGAUGACACAGCAGGGCAUUGGGUCGCGGCGGUGGCAGAAGGAGACAAAAUUGGGUUCUAUACGUCAGCAAAUCUCAAAAGUUGGACCUAUGUCUCAGGAUUCUAUCCUCCUGGUGUGGAUCUGGGUACACUCGAGUGCCCAGAUGUAUAUCAGAUUGAUCUUGACGGCAACCCGGCGUCACGGGUCUGGCUUCUUGCUGUCGGCGCCAAUGGGUAUCUGAAUAGAAAGACGACAGGUACGGCCUACUGGGCUGGAACAUGGGACGGGACCCGUUUCACAGCCACGACCAGCUAUCGGUGGAUGGAUGAAGGUCCCGACUUUUACGCCACGGUCAGCUGGGAGAACCCAAACAACAAAUAUGGCAGCCGUUAUGCCAUUGGCUGGAUGAAUAAUUGGGAGUAUGCACCGACGUUGCCUUAUUACGGCGGCUUCGAAGGGCAGAUGAGUUUAGUACGCGAGGUCAAAUACCGCACGAUUAACGGCACUCCCACCCUUGUCAGCAUUCCACUUGCAGGGUAUGCGGCUAGAUUUGCAAGCCCUGUCUCGGUUACCGGGACGACCAUCACAACAGACCCGGCGACGGCAUCGCUUCCUUCUAAUCUCGCCGGAGGUGCGUAUGUCAUUCGAGCAACAGUUACCAAGGCCGAUGGUGAUGAUGGUGACAAAGUUUACUUCCGCAUCAAAUCCGAUGGAACUUCAAACACAACAAUCGGUUAUGACUUUUCCGAUUCCCAAGUAUUUUUGGCUAGAGGUUCUGACGGAUCCGAUUCGGAUACGUUGGCGUCGGGACCGAGGACAGUUUGGGACGCGGUACGGACUGCAACGAAUCCUUCUGGUGGGAGCCGGGUCAAACUGGCGAUUUAUGUAGACCAGAACUCGGUUGAGACGUUCGUGGACGAUGAAGGGGUCACGUCGUUGUCGGGACUAAUCUACCCAAAUCAAGGCGCAGAGGGUAUUGAGGUUGUGUCAGGUGGCGGAAAAUUGACUUUGACUUUAUUCAGUUAUGCUAGCUUCGCAAGCUAGUCGUACAGGAAAACCACCCAAAAUACAGCGGGAUGAUUGAAUGUACAAGGUAUCCGCAGUGCCAAGCAUUGACGAUAGCUUCAUCUUUCCUAUUUGGGCACUUACAACGCAAGCCCCUUCCCCUUCCCCGUUUCCCAAGUUACAUGUACGGUGCUCAUGCCAUCACCAUCCUGAUAUUCUUUCCCGACAACGACGACCCGCAGAUUACCAAAUUACACUUGCCGGCCGUUUGCGGCCAAUUUAGACAGC